AUGGCAGCUGAGGAUUUAGACUCAGAUGAGGUGUUGUUAAUGGCUACAACAAAAUCAGAUGAUGACCUUGACACAGGUUGUUCAAAUCAUAUGACUGGUCAUAAAGAUUGGUUUGUGAGCAUUGAUGAGAAGGUGAAAAGGGAGAUCAAAUUUGCAGAUAAUAGUUCAGUAACUGCAGAAGGAGUCGGAAAAGUGUUGAUUCAAAGGAGAGAUGGCAAACAAUCAUUCAUAUGUGAUGUGUUGUAUGUGCAAAACAUGAAGAACAAUCUGCUAAGCCUUGGACAACUUCUUGAAAAGGGGUAUUCUAUGAAGAUGGAGCAUGGUGAAAUGAUAUUGUUUGAUAGUUCAAGAAGAUUGAUCUUGAAGGCACCACUGUCUAAAAAUAGAACCUUCAAGAUUGAUAUCCAUAUCAAUGUGAACAAGUGCCUAACUACUGAAGUCAGGAAUUAA